AUGCUGGUCAUCAGGGCCGGUUGGUUAGAGAGAGAAUCAAUGCGAGGAACUGUCAAGUUUUUUAACAGCGAGAAGGGCUUCGGCUUCAUCUCACGCGACGGCGGUGACGACGUGUUCGUUCACUAUUCCAACAUCGUCGGCGAGCACCACCGAAGCCUUGAGGAAGGGCAGAUAGUCGAAUUCGACAUCGGGCCCGGCCGCAAGGGAGACGAAGCUCAGAACGUCAAACCGGCCUGACAGGCAGGUUCGCUGUGCGCCGCCGGCCAGAUUGACCGGCGGCGCUCGACGUUUCGCGCAUGGCUGCGCCGAGCGCGGGGCGAACCUAGAACCAGAACGGCUCCACGAAGCACUGGGAGAUGAAGCCUCCUCGGCGACCCGUUGUGGAUCAGCCGGGGAUUCCAAGGUUCGGUCUCAAUGCCGAGGCCAUCGGCGAUCCGAUUCGCGUACGCGUAGUAGCCGACAACCUCGACGAUGUCGAGGAUGUCACGA